AACAAAGAGAGCGCAACAUACUAGACAAACUACUGCAGCGCUGCAGUUUUGCAUCGCAUUUCUUUGUUAUAACAACAAGUGUUCGCAGUUAAAAUACAUUUGUAUGCCAAAAGAAAGCAUUGUUAAAUAAUCUCAGCAAUUAACUGUUUGCCUGGGCAACAAUACCCGUGUAGUGUGACUCAUCAAAAAAGAAAAAGAAAAAAAACAAGAAAUAUUCACAGGGUAAUUUUUCACAAUGGCCGCCAACAACAAUAGCAGCAGCAACAACGAAAUCGAGUCCACCGAUCAGGUAGGCAUACGCAUCGAGGCCGCCACCAAUACAGACGACUUAACCGAUGCCUUUGGCUCCGUGGGCACGAGCAGCACCAGUACAUCGACCUCAACAGCUUAUAAGCAAAGCCACUUUGGUAGCGGAGCCAUCGGUCAGCUGGCCUCGAAUGGCUACAGUUCAUCUGGCUAUCACAAGCAUGUGGCCAAAAUGGUGACUGAACGACAUGCUGCCGAGUACAAUAUGCGGCACAAGAAUCGCGGCAUGGCCAUCAUCUUCAAUCACGAGCACUUCGAUGUGCCCACCUUGAAGUCGCGUGCGGGUACAAAUGUGGACUGCGAGAACCUGUCUCGAGUGCUCAAGCAGCUGGAUUUUGAUGUCAGUGUGUACAAAGAUUAUCGCUAUCAGGAGAUUAUGAGCACCAUUAAGUAUGCCGCGUCACAGGAUCACACGCAUAACGAUUGCAUAUUGGUGGCAAUACUCUCGCAUGGUGAAAUGGGAUAUAUCUAUGCCAAGGAUACGCAAUACAAGCUGGACAACAUCUGGAGUCACUUCACUGCCAAUCACUGCCCCACACUGGCGGGCAAGCCCAAGUUGUUCUUUAUUCAGGCCUGCCAGGGUGACCGUCUGGAUACGGGCGUCACCAUGCAACGUGGUCGCACCGAGACGGAUGGCGAUUCCUCCAUGAGCUACAAGAUUCCCAUCCAUGCCGAUUUCCUGAUCGCCUACUCCACCAUACCGGGAUUCUACUCGUGGCGGAAUACCACUCGUGGCAGUUGGUUCAUGCAGAGCCUCUGCGCCGAGCUGGCCGCCAAUGGCAAGCGUAUGGACAUUCUCACCCUCCUGACCUUCGUCUGCCAGCGUGUCGCUGUCGAUUUCGAGUCCUGCACACCGGAUACUCCAGAGAUGCACCAGCAAAAGCAAAUACCCUGCAUCACAACGAUGCUAACGCGUAUUUUGCUGUUCAGCGAUAAGGAAAAGUCACCGGCUGGACGCAAUUAAUUAUUUACUAUAAAUACUACAGCUGACUAAUCUGAGCUGCUGCUGAGUGAAGCAGUGUGAUACAAAAACAAACAAACAAAAGUUGGAUAUGAUAAGACCUCGAAAAAAAAACACGAAAAUUUUUGCAAUUUUUUACACCAUUUUUAAAGAUCCUAUUUAGAGCAAUUUUCCUAUGCCAGCUCCUGCCAUGUCUUUAUGCUAUGUGUCUAUUGUCCGUCAUACUUUAUAUAUAUAUACAUACAUAUAUAAUUAUAUAACAAUUUAUAUCUCUUAAUAUUGUUAAGCGCAAAAUAUAAUCUCUAAAUUUUUACACACAUUUUUUAUACUUUUAUAAAUA